CGGAUGCCUGUCUGGAAAAACGGAGGGUUGUUUCUUAUUUUCUUCUUUUUUAAAUUUCUUCUUUAAAAAAACAUAUAUGAAAUGACCAUAAACGUGUAAAAUAAAAUAAAGGGACAGAAACAUUUUAAAACUAAAAACUGACAGAGAUGACGUGUACGUCCGGGUCCUUCAGACUUCCGGGUGUCGGUAUAGGUGGUGAAGGGACUUGCUCGUUCAAAAAAUGUCCAAAGUAACGUUUAAAAUCACGCUGACGUCGGACCCCCGGCUGCCAUACAAAGUAUUAAGUGUUCCAGAAAGUACGCCAUUCACUGCAGUAUUGAAGUUUGCCGCUGAGGAGUUCAAAGUGCCAGCAGCAACAAGUGCAGUUAUAACAAAUGAUGGAAUAGGGAUCAACCCCGCUCAAACUGCAGGGAAUGUGUUUCUGAAGCACGGCUCCGAGCUGCGCCUCAUUCCCAGAGACAGAGUGGGAGGACAAGGAGACUGACUUAUGCUUUUUUUUUUUUUUUUUCUCCUGCUUUUUCUCGUUGACGUUCAAAUGACUCACACAGCAGAAGCGUAGAACACUUGAGGUCCGGGAAACACCUCGGGUGUCAUAUUUAUUAUUUGGCCCACAGCUGACAGUGACUCACGAAAGAACAUGUAUCAUUAGACAUAAUGAAGGCCCACAUGCAUCCUCAUUGUAAGUCCAGCCCACUAGUUUAGAAUAACAUUGGAAGAAAUACUAAGAUGCUGACUGAUAACGGUAACAGCAUGUGACCCAGUGGAUUCACUGACAUUACAAAGUCAACAGUAGCUUUUGGAACCAUGUAAAUGUUAAUUCAUUUUCAUUAUGAUCACAGUGUAAUUAUAUAUUUUUCUUUUUUGUAAAAAUGAAAUAUAAAUGGAUUAAAAAAAUAAAGUGCUGAAUAUACUUUCAUGAAUAAUUGCAUUUGUUGGCAGCAGCAAUGUUGUUUGUCAUUUAAAAAAAUACAUUUUUUUGUUGUUUUGUUUUGUUCUUUUAAGUCAAAUAAAUCAUAGAUCUGUGCUGAACGUGUGCUCUGGACCCGAUCAAAUAAAAGUAACAUCUGAAA